CAACACUUUUGAAUUUACAACCACCUCCUCCUACCUUGGUCGUAGAUGGAAUUGGCCCGACUGCCAACUGUAGAGUCAUGUGGAAGGCGGUAAUUAAUUUUCCAUGCCCGUUGCAACGACUUUCUGUUCCUUCGCACCGGGCAGCACUACGCCAAUCCUCCCGACCCUACCUUAACCAACGAUCCUAUGCCACCCACCGAGAGCGCAAGGCACCGUCGCGGAUGGUCCUGUCGGAUCACGUCGCACGACCACGGGUGGCAAGAGACGAUGCCACAAAGAGGCCGCGAAGGCGGCCCGAGGGUCCCUUCGCUGCCAUGAACCGGUCGGUUGCCAACAUUGACCCCACGAGUCGCACACCCCCAGCAUCCAGCUCUCGAGAGGAUGGUACCAGAGACGAGAAGCGUCCCAGGGACGGGAAGGGAGGGAAGGGAAGGAAGGGUUUCAAAGCGCUGAAGAUGCAGCGGGCGCUGGUGACCAUUGGAUACGGACAGAGAACGAACAUCAAGUCGCGGAUGCAGGAGAUCGAGUCUUUCGACCAGUUCGAUCUCGUACCACCCGUGAAGGAAGCGGUAACGUCGGAGCUCCUGAAAGACAUGGUGGACAUCAAGCCUACACCGGUACAGAGGCUGGCCAUACCGAUGCUUCUAGGGCAGCAAGUCGGUUCAAAAUCUCGCAAAAAGACGACGCCGGGAAGACAGGAGUUCCUGCUGGCUGCGGAGACGGGUUCGGGGAAGACCCUGGCAUAUCUCCUCCCUUCAAUUAAUGCGUUGAAGGCAGCGGAAGCCGACGACGCUGACGUUCAGGCGUAUAACAAGCGCCUAGAGGAGGAGAAAGAGAGACGCGGAGACGUGCCCAUGUCCAGCUGGAUCGAGACAUUUGAGCCGCACCCAAAUACUGCAAGACCUCGGAUUGUUGUAUUGGUGCCGACCGCUGAGCUGGUGGACCAGGUCACAAAAGUAGCAAAGGCUAUCUCCCACGUUGUGAAGAUCAAGGCGCGCCCUAUAUCUGCGAAUUAUGAUGCGCACAAGAUACAGCGGAACCUCUACAGCCCCAUGGGCGUAGACAUGCUCGUCUCCACCCCUCACCUCCUUGCUUCGAUUGCCAGGUCCGACCCGAACAUCCUGUCCCGGGUCAGCCACUUGGUAAUUGACGAGGCAGAUUCCCUAUUUGACCGCAGCUUCUCUUCCGAGACUGGCAAGAUCGUCGACCGGGCUAUGCCUUCCUUGAAGCAGUUGAUUCUUUGCUCUGCAACGAUCCCUCGACACCUUGACAACUACCUUACCACUCAAUUUCCAGACAUGGUGCGGAUUACGACGCCAAACCUGCACGCAAUACCCAGGCGCGUGCAGCUAGGCGUUAUCGACGUGUCCAAGGACCCUUAUCGGAACAACAAGAACCUGGCCUGCGCCGACGCCAUCUGGUCGAUCGGUAAAGACGCUGCCCGUCACGAAGGUCCCGUCCAGGGAGAAGUUGACAUCAAGCGCAUCAUGGUGUUUGUCAACGAGCGCGAAACGACGCAAGAAGUCGCCGAAUACCUCAAUUCGAAGGGCAUUGAUGCGGUGGCGCUUCAUCGAGACACGCCGGAGCAGAGGCAAUCAGAGAUGCUGGCGUCGUUCACGUCGAACGAACCGAUGAGGUCAACCGUUGAUAAUACCCACGCUGAUGCACCCAAGGGCAAACGGACCUUGCCCAACACUAAGGUCAUCGUGGCUACAGAUCUUGCGUCUCGAGGCAUUGAUACGCUGGCGGUUCGCCACGUCGUCCUCUACGAUGUGCCACACACCACUAUAGAUUUCAUCCACCGGCUCGGUCGUGCCGGCCGCAUGGGCCGUCGAGGAAGGGGCAUUGUCCUUGUUGGCAAAGACGACCGAAGGGAUAUCGUUGCCGAAGUGAAGGAGAGCAUGUUCAUGGGGCAGGCACUUAUAUAGUCUGAUUUGGCGCAUUGGCACUUGUUCCGGUAGGUCAACGCAAUUAAUUGUCCUGUAGAUUACACUUGUAUUAUACAUAGAUGGAGCAAGGGCGUGGCGUGGACUGGGUAAUAACCAAAAAAAUAUACCACUUCACAGCUUUCGGAUCA